UAUUUAUGAUUAUCGCUCCGAUAGUUGUCACUUUGUCAGUUAAUCAUGCAUGCUGUUGGCAUGAACGAUGGCAAUAAAUAAUUAACAAUUAUUGCUGGGAGAAGUGAAGCAUCCGAAAUUUUCCCGAAGGUCUUGCGUUUUUUUUGUUGAGCCCCGGGGACAUGGCGUCGACAGCAAUAAUUUCCCUUAAGAAUAUUAUUAUCUUUGUGGAUUUUGCAAACACCAAACACCCUUUUGCGCAUUGAUAACACUCCACUGAUAACAGUGUUUGCACAUCUGGUCCCGCGGUGGUCAUCGUCCCGUCCAUCCACUGUUUCACGAACGACGACGCUCGCCGCCCCUCAGCACGUAAAAAUAUCGAUUUCACCACCACAGGGCACCUACUGUACCCUGUACCGUAAACCGUUGUUGUUGUUGUUGUUUUGAUCGUUCGUCUGUGUGCUAACACCGUAAUGUCCGUAAACAUGACCGAAGAAGUCCAAAGUGACGAGGUGUUUAAGAAACUCGAUGCGUUGAAAGAUAUCAGAGACAAAACUGAAAAACUAGAAACCCUAAAAAUGAAUAUUUUGAAAGAAAUUGAAGCGAGUGAUCAAGAAGAUAAAUGUCUUAUAGAAUAUCGCAAGGAAUUGGAACUUUUACUGCAAGAAAAAAUGGCACAUGUAGAAGAACUUAGACAAAUACAUGCUGAUAUAAAUGCGAUGGAAAGUGUUAUAAAAAAAGCUGAAGAAUCUAGAAAUCGAUCAAUGGAACGUGCUAAACAAGUCCAUGAUGAAUAUAAGCCUCUUAAGACAGACAUAGACCUAAUGCGUAGAGAUUUACUUGGAUUAGAACGAUUACCAGAACUUCAUGAAGAAGAAAGUGAUCUUGUGCGACCUGAUCUAUUUGUACAAACCUAUUUUGACAAACAAAUUAAGCCUGCUGUGUCAACACCCCCUAGUUCAGAUUGGCACAAUGGUGAUAGUGUGCAGAACCUUACUCAAGCACAUCAGCACGCUCAAGCUGCAGUGGCAGCUUUUCUUGGAUCUCAAGCAGCUCCUCUUCAACAACUUGCUACUAGUAGCAAAAUGGUUAAUGGUGGACCUGUAGAUACUAGACCAAUACCUCCAAUUCCUGGACCACCAACAUUCAGUUUUGAGAAUGAUCGUUCUGCUGCUGCAUCCGUGAUGGGUAACGUCAAGUAUAAAAUAAAAGCAGUGCUUACAUCAGGACAACAACCACCGCCAAUGAAAUCAUGCUUAUCAUGUCAUCAACAAAUACAUCGUAAUGCUCCAAUUUGCCCGUUAUGCAAAGCCAAAUCCAGGAGUCGUAACCCCAAAAAACCAAAGAAAAAAGAUUAACUAGCAAUGACUCAAAGUGACAAGUCUGAAUUAAAACUUUUAAUCAGAAUUCAAAGUAUAUGAAAAUUCAAUUAAGUCUACUUUGCUGACACGGAACUGGCUUUUAAAAAUUAGACAUUUUAGAAUUAUGGAAAUGUCUAUUUCUUUUUGUUAUACUAAAUAAGAUCUUAUUUAGAUGAUUACCUUAUAACUCAAAAUAGGCUGAAAGAGCUUAAGUAUGAGAUUUAAACUUAAACAGUAUUUUUAUUUUUUUUAUUUUUUUAAAUAUUUUAAGGAUCAUGUAUAUAAUAUAUU